AUGUUACUGGCCAAUUUUGGAUUUUGCACACUAGUGGCCGAUCAUAUAUUUUGAAAUGUGGAAAUUAUUUAUAAUUAACAGGCGAAAGUGAAAGAAGCAAAGCUUAAUCAUUAUUGGAGCUUAGAGGAAAGAGGAACAGUGAGGUUAUUGAGCUAGCCUCUAUUAAUUAUGAUUACUGUUACAAUUGUCAUCAUCAUUAUUAUUAUUGUUAUUUUAUUGUUUUAAAAUAUGAUUGUUUGUUACCAUUAUUUAUUGAAGUCAAUUAGUCGCUAUAUUUUCAUCUUCUCUUGUGGAACAUGAUACUCAUAAAUAUCUGGGAUGCAGCAGGUUUUCCGUUUUGCAUGUGAAUACAAAUAUUUUGUAACACUACCUUCAAACGUCAUUAUACAACCUCUAGUUCUUUUCAUGGUUAUAAAAAUUGUGCCAUAUCAGUAGCCACAUGAAGUCCUACAUGGCCUUUUUAUUGAAACAUCAUGCGUAUUGGUCUCUCAGUGCAUUUGGAUUUCGUUCAUAUUAGAGAUCAAUCAUCAUCAACCAACACUGUUUCUAUACUAUCAAUUAUCUUAAUUUGUCCUAAUUUUCCAGGCGAAAAUCGAACGGUCAACAAAAUCGUUCACCUCUCGUUCAAAUUGCGCCUACACUCAUUGUAUCCAGCGGAUGUUAA